AUGGCGGGCAGCGGCGCGCCCGUGCGCCAGCUGCGCCGCGGGCCCGCGCCCAUCGCCUCCUUCGACCACGACGUCUCUGACGAGGUGAGACCGCCAUCAAGUCCGGAGACAAAGCAAUCGUUUCGGCUACCGGAGAUACGCGAGGACCCGGGGCGCAGUGCGAGCGCGGGGCUGGCGCCGCCCGAGCAGCGCGCGCGCUCGCACUCGACGCCGGGGCCCGGCGCGGCGCUGCCGGCGGGCGGGCUGACCGCGGCCCCCGCGCCGCGCAUCGACAUCUCGCGCGCCUCCAGCUCCAGCCACCACGACUCCCGCGACAGCUCCCCCGAGCUGGCGCUGUUCGCGGGCGCGGGCGAGGACUCGCGCACGCGCCUGGAGCUGGGCUUCCGCGAGGACGGCGCGCUGGAGCUGCGCUCGUCCACCGAGGAGCUGGCCUUCCUGGAGGGCGCCCCCGGCGAGCCCCGGCCCGCCGCGCCGCCGCAGCCUGCCUCGCGCCGCCACUCGCGCAAGGACAGCCAGGGCUCGGAGGCGGCGCUGCUGGCGGUGUCCGGCCGCACCAGCCGACUGUCCAGCGUCGGAUCACAGUGCUCUGCGCACUCCGCGCUCUCUGCUUUCAGCCAUCAAAGCCGCCAAUCGGUCGGACGCCUUUCAGUGGUCUCGGGUAUAUCCAGAUCUCCCUCACCGCACAGAAUGUUACUUGAGACUUCUUUUUGCGGACCGAAACCUAUAGAGACCGAUCCGGAGAUCUGCGCUGCAGCGGUAGAAGAGCGCCUCCUAGAGAUUGCGAAACUGAGUGCGGCUUCGCCGGCGGGCGCGGCGCCCGUGGACGCGCGCGACCGGCGCGAGGUGCGCACCGAGGCCACCGUGGAGCGCGCCGCCGCCCGCGCGCCGCCGCCCUCGCCCGCGCCCGCGCCCCUGCUGCCCGCCGACUUCCACGAGCCUCCAUUGCCUAAGGGCGCACCGGCUCCGGCACCAGUUCUAUCUCCUGCCAAAGCUCAACCUCCUGUCCCAGCUCCAGCACCAGCUCCUGUCCUGGCACCGCCUCUGCCCGCACCGGAGCCAGCUUCAGCACCAAUUCUCACUCCGGUACUUACUGCUCUUGAUGAUGAUAAACUACAGAAGGAAACACAAAAUCGUGCACGAGUUCAAGAAAGGCGCGCACGACCUCGUGUGCGUCGAGAACCGUCCGAACCAGAAGUCUAUAAGAGUGUUAAUCGUUCAAAAGAUAUUAUCAGAAUAAAGCUCAAGCCCGACGAUGACUACGAGGAAGAAGAGGAUGAAAGCAAACAAACCAGCGAGGUGGAGGCGGAGGCAGCGAGGGGCGCGGAAGCGGCGCGCAAGCCGGCCAGCUUGGAGCUGUGGCCCGCGCGGCCCACCGAGUUGCCGGCGCCGGCCUCGCCCGGCGGCCGCCGCGCGCCGCGAGAUAGCCGCACACCCUCCCCUGCCGGAGUACCGGUCUCGCGAAAAUCUUCCUUUUGCUCACUGUUCAAAUCACGCGAGACCAUUGCGUCACCUGACUCGCCUUCAGAUGCACUGCGACGCAAAAGAAGUCUUACAGAAGGUCGAUCGCGAAGCAAAAGCCGCGACCGCUCCGCAACCCCAACUUCCGCGGGUAAGAUUAGAGGUUCUGUAUUAUCAUUGUUUCGGACUCCACGCAAAAGUGCUGCUUCUCCUUCACCGAGUUCACGUGAAGGAUCUCCGGUCGUUCAGCCACAGCGGCAGAUCACAGCUAUCACACCGCAGCCUGUAGAACGCACUCGGCGCGGUGAUAAACUGAAGUAUUAUGAAGAUACUAAAGAUGGUAUCAUUCACAUACCACUGCGAACGCCACCUGACGAGCGGCCAGGCUCUAGUAGCGCGCGUCGGCCACCAGACGUCACCAAGGCUACGGUAGAAGUGACGACACAUCGCGAACCCACCCAGACGCGUCCGGCGUCAGCUCCGCAGUCCCGCCCAGUAUCUGAACGCGAAUUUGCUCCACCCGCUCCCUCUCAAAAACCGAUUCAUCGAACUGUUCUUCCUGACGGGAGCAUUAUAAUACCACUUCGCUCACCAACUGAGCGCAUGCCCGAAGAUCGUUUGCCAAGUCCACCGGUCAAAGGCUCUUCGCCACCAGAAGACACUCCGCCAAUAGUAGUAGAAACCAAAAGCAUUGCAGCCGUCGAAGUGAAGACUGUCCAGGCAGCUGUGACUCCCCGAGAAAAAGAAGAUAUCGUUAAAAUACCUCCUGUGGAUGUGCAACGGGUCGAGUCUGCAUCCGCUACUGACGAUGGCCGGCGACGGCGCAAAGAAAGACUCGUAUUUACAACUCAUGUCGGUAGUCGCGAACAGGUUUUCAGCACUCAAUUUAGCAUUACAAAGACUCCAAGUGUAACUAGUGAAAUAUCAGGGUCCUUCCCAAGCUUCGUCGACGGUGACGAUAUGAAGACGUCGAGUCGAGACGUGGCCCCGGGAGCCAUCCCGGCCAGCCCGGGCGAACUGUCCGACGGGACAGCUACCAGCCCAGGCAACCGGUCCGCCGGCACCGCUACCAGUCCAGGCGAGCGUCCCGGCAACUCGAACGGCAGCGCGGGCGCACGGCCCGGUGGCACCGCGCCCAGCCCCGGGUCCCCGCAGGAACCCGUGCGGGACUCGUCCGAGUCGGAGCCCAGCUCCGAGUCGGCGCCGCCGCUGGCCGGCGACGAGGUGGAGAAGCGCGGGCUCGUGGUGCAGCAGUCGUUCGAGGAGGAGCUGCCGUACGUGCCCACCACGCUGCCGCAGGAGCGCUCGGUGGCGCUGCCCAUGGUGCCCGUUCGCGAGCGCGGCGGCGUGCUCGUGUCCGGCGUGUCGCGGCCGCGCGCCUCCGCGCCCCCCGCCACCCCGCGCGCCCCGCCCGCCACCCCGCGCGCGCCGCGCCCCGCGCCCGCCGCCCCACCCGCCGCGUCGCCCGCCGCGCCGCCCGACAAGCUGCGCAUCCACCUGCCGCGCCGCCCCAGCACGGCCGCCCCGCCCGCGCGCCGCCCGGACCGCCCGCGCACCCGCAGCGGAAGCGACAGUUUCGAUUCACGACCUAAAACCGAAUGGAUCGAUUUCGAGGAGGUGCCAGAGAGACGAAAACAGCCGAAACGCAUUCAGACGCUGCCAGCGGCGGCAGCGAGCGGCGCGGCGAGUGCGGAGGCGGGCGGCGCGGGGGGCGCGGUGGUGUUCAGCUACGUGGAGCCGGAGCAGUGCCGCUGCGAGUGCCACACGCACGCGCGCGACGACGACCAGCUGCCGCUGCUGCAGGACGAGCUGCAGCCGCUGCGCGCCAGCUCGCCGUCGCCGGAGGGCGCGGAGGAGGCGCGCGUGGCGCUGCGCGUGCAGGUGGCGCCCUUCACCGCGGACCUGGACCUGCGGCCGGACGGGGUAAGGCGCGGCCGGGCGGCGCUGACUCCCCACUGACCGCGCACUGACUCCCCACUGACCCCGCACUGACCCGCUCUGUGUUGCAGGAGGCGCGGCCGCACUGACCCGCCGCGCCGGCGCCGCCGCUCCCGCACGCACGCACUUCACCGAUUUAACGUUUUAUAAAUUAUAUUCUCUAUUGACUGGAAGGAGAUGUUAUCAUUUUUGAGAUGUAAAUUUACCCGGUUCAUUAGAUGUAUAUGUAUAUUUAUAGCGUCGUUUAUAUCUCUCCUAUUAGCUACCGUUGAUCUUUGCAUUUUUGAUGUUUAUUGAAUUGUUCAAAGUGUACCAAAUGUACAUAGUGAUUUUUACGGUACGAUAGUAAUAUUUAAUGUUCAACGGUGACGUUUGACUCGACCGAGUGCCCGGUCACCUGCCUUACCCGCGAGUUCGCACGUUCACCCGGUGUUGUCGAUCUACAGCUCUCGUCAAAUAGCUGUGCCCGGCGGAAGUCUCGCGCAUGCGUAAUACUGUUUUGUUCUGACAUUUCGAAUGCUUCGCAGUCAGUAGCAGCCCACUUGAGAUCGCCAUAUUCGACGAGGGCUGUAAGAAACCCAAAGGCUUAGGCUGAGAUCUAUUAGCGUUAUAACAGUAAAUUGUCUAAACUCAAACUUAUAUUUUUUGCAAAAACAGAUAGAUUUAUCAUUUGUAUUGUGGUCAACAACCUUAAUGACUUAAGUGCCUACUAAAAACUUGGUUAAAAUGAUAGAGCGUUAGUACCUAGCUAUUUAUGUUACGAGUACCUACUUACUUACUUGGUAAAGUUGGUAUUUUAGUGACGCGGUGAUUGCCUCAGAGAAACCAAUGGCAUGACAUUAAAUAUAAUCACAGGUAGCAGUCGCAUGACAUAUUGGAACUGCUGAAACAUGUGCAACUUGAAUGAUGGUUGAUGUUUCGUUGCUGGGCGAGGCCGGCGCAGUUUGUGAGGCAGUACGUCAGUCAGUACCCACGUGGUAUAUUGUUUGCGUCCGUGUAUAUGCCUACUCAGCUGAAUCUCGUCCUAUAAAUAAACAUAUGUAUUAGGUUACCCAUUAUAUUUGUAAUGAAAUGUUAUCAAGCUAACAUAAGUUGAAUGAAAGAACUCUCAACGACUCCACAGUCAAACUGUGUAAACGGUUUCGUGGGGCGGACGCGUAAUUGUGUGUAUGUAUAUCAUGAUAAAUAAAUAAAUACAUUGAAAUAUCUUAAGCACUUGUCGCUUUCGCUUCAUAGAACUCAGCCUUACCUGGACAUCACGUCAUACUUCAUAAUAUUAUGUAGGUACGUGUCAACAUGUUUAGUUUACCACCAAAAAGCUCAUUAUGCGAAACUAAAUCAACUUGUUAAUGUCUACUUCUCAACAUAGGAUUAAUGAAGGCAUUCGAUUUGUUCCCGGUUCUAUCCUUGACAUUGAUAAUAAUAUGUUUUUAUUUGCUUAGCUUUAGACGAGUCGAGCAGAACUUCACCCUGUGCCAUAGUGACACUCCGGCUGACUCCGUUGACGUUGUCACCAUUACAGCUACAACCAUGAACCAUGACAUCGUCAAAAUAUCAUAUUAAUUGCUACCUGUAUGUACCAACUAACGAAUUUGUACCCGCCAUUAAGCAAAAAAACAGAGAGCAGAUAAUUCGAAAUUAUAUGGUAGGUACCUACUUAUUUGACAUACCUACAAUUAGGGCUGCCAUCUCGAAUUUCGCCAAACCCGGACAAACAUUAAAAAAACCCGGACAUUUGGCGUAAAUCGCAUUUUCCCCGAUUAGUUCCCCGAACGAGUAGGUACCUACGAUUUUUUUUAAACAAAAUAAUAACUAAUCUGUAAUCCAUUUACUAUUAACAUAUACUUAAAUUCAAUGAGGUGCUUCCUUACAUGAAAACUUCCUUCUUGAAACACCGCCCGGACGGCCUCCAAACGAGGACAAAUCCGGGGAAACCCGGACAGAUGGCAGCCCUACCUACAGUGCAUGUGCACAUGUGUCAACAAGCAUUACGGAAUUCGAAUCAAUUUUAAAGGCUGUUAUAAGCCUAGAUCAAUUAGAUUGUAGUAUUCUAACUCGUUAGGUACCCGAUAAGUUGCGAACUAAGUGUAACACAAAAUGGACCAAUAUGUGUAAUUGAGUGGAGCCAGGCUACCCAAUAGUAGUGUGUGAGCUGAUUGACAUGUUGCUCGAUGAUAAACAUAUCCAGCCCAUUCUCCAAGCUUAAAAUAUAAAAAUAUCAUCGCAUGCUGUUUUAAAAAUGUUUUUGCCAAUUGAGCUUUUUGGUACAUUUGUAUACACAAAACUUGCAAUAAGACUUGUGAUAACACGAAGCUGUAAGCCCGCGCUCGAGAGCCGCGCCUCUCGCGUCCCGUGCGCCUGCGCAGCUGCAUUUGCCACUUUAUUUAGCGACUUUAUCGUAAUGUUAGUUGGUUUCAUUAACGCAAUAAUAUGAAAGAAAUGUAUGUAAUGUUAAAAAAAAAUCUAUCAGUUAGGCAAAAGUCUGAAACGUAAAAAUAUGAAUUUUGCUUUCCA